CCCCCAGCUUCCUGCUUACAAGCCGCUCAGUCAAUCUCUUGCUUACCACCACACCCACCGUUCCAACCAUGGCAGAAACCGAGGCAACCCUUUCCAAGGUCGACUCCGCUAACCAGCAGCCUGAGGUCAAGGCCAAGCGCCGACCAAGUUCUAUGGCAGCUGACUGCUACGACAUCCUCGACCUCCAGAAAGAGGGCAAGACAAUCAGCAUUGCACCCGAGACUCAAAAGCUAGGGUGGAAGCUGAACAAGUCACCAUCAACAGUUGACGACCCCGCAUUCCUGGCACUGCCAUUGUGCACUCCCAAGGUCAAGAAGAUUACUCUGCACUUCCCCUUAGGUCUGGAGGUCUCUGCCCGCAACAUGAAGGGCGUUACGAUCAAGGACGCAUUAGAUGCCAUCCACAAGCAGUUCAAGAAGAGGCAAGACGAUGAGUUCGAGAAGCCCUACCUAGCAGGCUUCGAGUGGGAUCCCGAAGAGGAUUACACACGGUUCAUCGUUCACCAGACGACCACAGCUACCUCGUCCUUCGGUAAGGACCAGUCUUCAAAGAAGAAGAAGAAGAAGGCCGCCGAGGAGGGCCUUGAGGAGUAAAUGAAUUACUCGCCCUCUUCCCUGACCUUGACUCUACAACAGCCUCGAUCGUAGCUCCGUGCUUAUACAUUGGCUGAUGGCAGGUACGGCGGAUACGUUCGAAGGUUGGUCAAUCUUCGUAUCGAUAUGGGGAGAGCGAGCGCGCUGCUGCGAGUGACAUGGCUGGCAUAUCGUGUGCUUCAAUGCAUGCGUUGUGUUGGUCGUUGCGCCGCAUAGGCGUUCGUGGGACGGUUCACGGUUGUUCUGCACCUAGAUAUGUAUGUUAUAGGC